GGAAGCUGAAAGAGAAAACGGAUUGUGUUUCAUCAACCAGCAUGAGGCCCGCUGAGCCUACAGCCUCUGCUCGUUGCGUCCUCACUUAUUUGUACCCCACACUCCCCAUUACAGCAAACCCAGUCCUCUGCGCAUGCCGACUGAGGAGGGCCAGACACUGCGACUUCAGCUUGCUACCCCAGGGCCCGCUUCUGGAAAUUCUCAAACAAGUGCUAUUUGUUAAAUUGAACAGAUGCUCUAGUCAGUCGUAGGUUCAGUAGUUAGCUUUUGAUCAUCAGAAAGUAAGAAGAGGCCCGUGCCGUGGCUCACUAGGCUAAUCCUCCACCUGCGGCGCCGGCAUCCCGGGUUCUAGUCCCAGUCGGGGCGCCGGAUUCUGUCCCGGUUGCCCCUCUUCCAGGCCAGCUCUCUGCUGUGGCCAGGGAGUGCAGUGGAGGAUGGCCCAAGUGCUUGGGCCCUGCACCCGCAAGGGAGACCAGGAGAAGCACCUGGCUCCUGGCUUCGGAUUUGCGCGGUGCGCCAACUGCAGUGGCCAUUGUGGGGUGAACCAACGGCAAAGGAAGACCUUUCUCUCUGUCUCUCUCUCACUGUCCACUCUGCCUGUCAAAAAAAAAAAAAGUAAGAAGAAAAAUAAAAGAUAUUUUCGGUACAGUUACAUCACCUUCUUUCCAGGCUCAUCGACUAACUCCCUUGCUUGGUUCUGGGGGGUCACCUCACAGACGAACCCUCCCUGAACCCCAUCCUUGUCUCAGAUUCUGCUUUGAGAAGGAAACAAACCAGCCCACCACCACCACCCCGCUCUGUCAGUCUUUGUCUAGGAAGAGCGCGUCUCCCCUCCUGUCGCUUCUCCCGCCACGUUCACCUUUCUCUCCAGUUGUGCACCUGUUGGCCUCGCUGGAGAGCCGAGGGUCGCCCCCCGCAGGUGGGCUGUGGCCGCGACUGCUCCUCCCGCCCGCAGGGGGCGCUGUGGGGAGGCGCGCCUGCGCUCCCGACCGCGGCGACCCAGCACGCGCCCCGCCGCGGUGGCGCGGGGUUUGCGGGGAAGACCUGGAGGUCGGCGGAGCAGCGGACCGAGGGGCUGGAGCUGGGCGGGAGCGCCGGGCCAUGGCCGAGCGGGCUCGGUUGCCUCUGACUUUCGAGGAUGUUGCCAUUUACUUCUCGGAGCAGGAAUGGCAGAGUCUGGAGGCCUGGCAGAGGGAGCUUUAUGGACACGUAAUGAGAACCAAUUACGAGACGCUCGCCUCUCUAGAUGGUGGACUUCCCAAGCCAGAACUAAUAACCUGGAUUGAACAGCAAGGAGAGUUCGGGAGUUGCACAGAAUCACAGAAACCAAGAAACAUAAUUUGCUCCUCUGCUGAUACACAUUUUGAUCCAGCUGUUGAGGAACAGUUGUUUUGGGUUUCAGGAAGCCAGCAACCGGUGAGCUCAGGAGAAACUAAAUGCCAUUUCCAGGCAGGCACUCUUCGGAGCCAGCAUUCCUCUGGACUCUCUUUAGGAGGCAGGGAAGCUGUUUCCUUUAGGCCUGACCAAGACCUCACGGAGACGGAGACGGAGACGGAGACGGAGACGGAGACCAAGAACCCACAGGGACGCAGCCCCAGGGCUCCUAAUGCAGUAGGCCUUGGCUGCAGCGAAUCUCCCUACAGAGAGGGAAUCCCAAGGCACAGAGCUCCGAGUGUCCCCUCGCGGGAGAGCCCCCAGCACCCCUGCCCUGACCGUGGGGAGAAUUUCUGGAAGGGCCGCUUGGGAAAGCAGCAGAGGAGCCGCCCCCAGGACCUGCCGCAGAAAGCCUGCAAGGUCAGCCGCAGAGCUGGUGCCCGGCAGGAACAGGACGGCGUCCCCGGGGCAGGGAGGCACUGCCCGGGUCGGGAGUGCGGACAGGCCUUCCGCCGGAAGCAGUACUUGCCGAGGCAGCUGACUGCCCUCACGGGGAAGUGUGAGAUGUGUUUCUGCCACAGGCGGGGCCCCCUCGCCCACCACCUCACGCACAAAGGGGAGAAGCCUUCCCAGCAUCCCAAAUGCAGCCCGGGCUUUCCGCCGAUGAGCAGCACGCAGGCUCUCCAGUGCCAGCCUGGCAGAGAGACGCCCGGCUCCUGGAGGCGAGGCCGCAGGGCCUUCCCCGGCGUGCAGUCAGGGCAGAAGCCAGGCCCCCGCCAGCCCCGGGGCGACGCAGAGGCUCCGCGGCCCUGCCCCGGCGCCGCGGGCGGCAGGUGCCUCCCCACAAGGUCCAAGCUUGCCAACUGCCUGGGGGUGCACGCAGGAGAAAGGCCCUUCCCGGGCCCCAGCGGCCCCGGCGGGGAGAGACCGGCCUCCCGCGGGAAGUGUGGCCCGGGCUUCCCCAAACAGCGCAAGCUCGCCGAGCACGACCGAGCCCACAGCGGAGAGAAGCCUCUCCGGUGCGCCGAGUGCGGCCGGAGCUUCCGUCAGACGGCGCAGCUGCGGCGGCACCAGCGGCUGCACACGGAGGAGAAGCCCUUCCCGUGCCCGGAGUGCGGCCGGAGCUUCCGCCUGCAGAGCCUGUUGCGAGCCCACCGGCUGCGACACGGCGGAGAGCGGCCGUUCUCGUGCGGCGAGUGCGGCCGCGGCUUCAGCCACCAGUGCAAGCUGCGCGAGCACCUGCGGGUGCACAGCGGGGAGAGGCCCUUCCCGUGCCCGGACUGCGGCAAGAGCUUCCGGCUGAAGGGCAUCCUCCAGGCGCACCAGCGCACCCACAGCCAGGAGCGGCCCUUCUCCUGCGGGGAGUGCGGCAAGGGCUUCACCAGGCAGUCCAAGCUCACGGAGCACUUCCGCGUGCACAGUGGGGAGCGGCCCUUCGGCUGCGCGGAGUGCGGCAGGAGCUUCCGCCUGAAAGGGCAGCUGCGCAGCCACCAGCGCCUGCACACGGGGGAGAGACCCUUCCAGUGCCCGGACUGCGACAAGCGCUACCGCGUGAAAGCCGACAUGAGAGCCCACCAGCUGCUGCACGGCGGCGCGAUGCCCUUCUCCUGCCAGUGUGGCAAGGGCUUCGCGAAGCAGUCCAAGCUCGUCGAGCACGUCAGGACGCACACGGGGGAGAAGCCCUUCCAGUGUGCCCAGUGUGACAAGAGUUUCCGCCUGAAGGCCCAGCUGCUUAGCCACCAGGGCCUGCACAGCGGGGAGAGGCCCUUCCACUGCCCCGAGUGUGACAAGGCCUUCCGGGAAAGGGGACAUAUGCUGAGGCACCAGCGCAUCCACCGGCCCGAGAGGCCCUUUGCCUGCGGCGACUGCGGGAAGGGCUUCAUCUAUAAGUCUAAACUCGCCGAGCACGUCCGCGUGCACGCCAAAUCCUGCCGUGCUCAGGACCGGCCUGACGUUAAGAAAAGGCUUAGCCAGCUGUUUGCAAUGAUAGAAGCUGAUUGGAGCUGAGGCAGAGCGCGCCAUCAAGGCAGCGCAAGAGGUCUUCAACACUUCGUGAUAAAGGCAUGUGAUGAAAAACACUGCAUGGAUUUCACUUUUUUUUUUUGCUACACAGAGGGAAAGACAGAGAGCUCUGAGCUCUUCCAUCCACUAGCUCACUCCUUGAGUGCCUGCCACAGCUGGGAUAGCCAGCCAGGAACUCCCACCUGGGUGUACUGACCCAAGUCCUUUGGUCUUUAUCCACUGCCUCCCAGGCACAUUAGCAGGAAAGUUGGAUCAGAAGCGGGGUGCUCAGUACUCACCAGUCACUCCAAUAUGGUAUGCAGGCAUCCCAACCAGUAGUACCCCAGUGCAUGCCCUAAACUUACCUGUUCAUUCAGUUUUCCAUGAAUUUUUUUCCCCAAAGAUUUUUAUUUAUUUGAAAGUUGGAGUUAGCGAGAGAGGGAGAGACAAAGAAGUCUUUCACCUGCUGGUUCGCUCCCCAGAUGGCCACAGUGGCUGGGGCUGUGCCAGGCUGAAGCCAGGAGCCAAGACUUUCUUCUGAGUCUCCCAUGUGGGUGGCAGGGCCAUCUCUGGCCCCCUGCAUGAACUUUUUGAAGUCCCACAUAAACGUGGAAUUGCAGGGAAGAGAUGGGGUCUUUCCUAUUUGUUACACUAGAUGGAAGUUGUAUGGACACCGAAUAGGUAUACUUCAGGGACAGAAUAUACUGUAUACACACAAUUCCUGCUUUUCAGAGGGUUUAUGGUCAGGUAGGAGAUGGCUGACAGGGAGGCAUUUGGCACAGUGGUUAAGAUGAUACUUGGGGGGCCAGUGCUAUGGCUCAGUGGGUUAAUCCUCCGCCUGAGGCGCUGGCAUCCCAUAUGGGUGCUGGGUUCUAGUCCCGGUUGCUCCUUUUCCAGUCCAGCUCUCUGCUGUGGCCCGGGAGGGCAGUGGAGGAUUGCCCAAGUGUCUGGGCCCUGCACCUGCAUGGGAGACCAGGAGGAAGCACCUGGCUCCUGGCUUUGGAUCGGCGCAGCGCCAGCCAUAGUGGCCAUUUGGGGAGUGAACCAACGGAAGGAAGACCUUUCUCUCUCUCACUGUCUGUAACUCUACCUGUUAAAUUAAAAAAAAAAAAAAUCCAAUGUCUUAGUUCAAGUCUUUCCCCAGCCUCCAUUUCCAGCUGCCUGCUUAUAUGCGCCCAGGGAGGCAGCAGUACUUGGGUUGCUGCCACCCAUGUAGGAGACUGGGAUAGAGUUCUGAGCUCCCAGCUUCAGCCUGGCCCAGGCCUGCCUGCUGUGGCCAUCUGAGGAGUGAACCAGCCUAUGGAAGAUCUCUUUGUCACUCUGUCUCUACCUUUCAAAUAAAUAAUUUUUUAAAAAAUUAAUUUUUAAAAAUGGCUUACGAAAUUCUGAGGGGUGACAGAAAAUGAAAUUACAGGUAAAUGUAAAUGACAUUACUAUAAAACAGUGUUACACAAAUUAAAUUCCCUGGGACAAAGGCUCCAAAAAUAUUCUGCAAGAAGAGAGUUCCAUGGAAAAUUACAUAAAGAUCCUAAUUGUCUGUUGCUGCAUUCUUAGACAAAGUUUAUAAAGCAUUUGAAGAAAAACUUCUACAUAAAAGAGGAAGACCAAGAUAAGAAAAAAAAAUUGGAUGAAUCAUAUAAUUUAGGGAAUAAAAACAAAAAUUUAAAAACAUGCAUACUCAGAAAAAUUAGAGAAGACGCUGUUAUUAUGAAACAAGAAUAUAACUUUAUGGAAAAGGAAGCUUCUGGAAACAACCCUAACAUGUUAAGAAAAAUGGGUUGUUUAAUAAGAUUUUUGAAUUUCAUGGUAGAUUAGUCAAAGAAAUCUCCAGAAAGUAGCACAGAAGAUCCAACAAAUAGAAAAUAAGAAAGUAGAAAAAAGUGAAUUGUACAAAUUCUGGUGCUUUGCCCCUCCUUCUCCUGAGGUUUUGAUCCUGUAUUCCCUUUAAUGUUUAAGACUACAUACAUACAUAUCUUAAUCAUAUACGUGUAUAUAUGACAUAAGUAUGUGAAGAGGGAGAGAGUGGAAGAAAAAUCAAGCAAAUAAAGGGGAGAAUGGUGCACACACACAAAAACCCAGGUAUGAUUACCUUUUAUGCAUUUAUAUAAAAUUGGGGGUGGGCAUGUGGCGAGGAGUUCCAGUUAGGAUGCCAGUUAGAACGUGCAGACCCCAUAUUUGACUAUCCUGACUUGAUACUUGGCUCUAGCUCCUGUCCUAGCUUCCUGCUGAUAUGGACCCUGGGAGGCAGCAGGUGAUGGCUCAAGUCUUUGGGUCCCAGCCACCCCACAGGAGACCCAGACUGAGUUCCAGGCUCUCAGCUUUAGCCUGGCCCAGCCCAAGCUAUUGCAGGCAUUUGGGAAGUAAGCCAGCAGGUGGAAGAUCUCAGUGUCUUUCUGCCUUUCAAAUGAUAAUAUUUUAAAAGUUAUUAAAAAUACAUAGAAUAACUUAAAAUUCUACAUUAUUUUAGAACUCUAAGGACCUGAAAGUUUUUAAUCCAAUGUCUAAUAUCUCAGAGAAGGAAACAAAACCCACGGUAUAAGUCUCAUGCCCAGUCUCAGCUGAUGGAGGACUUGCUGGGACUGGCUUCUGGCUUCCUGACAGAAGCAGUACUUCAUGGGAAGUCGAGGAAAUGCAGGUUUUAUGGAUGAACACCAAGUGCUCCAAGAAACCAAACCAGCAGUCACCUAAAUGAGUUGGUUUGUUGCAGAAGGAAAAAAAAAAAAAAGGCAGUUUUCAAACCAUGAAAGAGCACAAGGGAAAGAGGUCAGGAAAAACCAAACAUCUCGUGUGAAGUCACAGGCCUAGGGAGUGAGUGGCCGCAUGUUGGAGCGGGGUAAAGUAGAAGAGAAACAACGCGUGGUGUGAAGGGAGACGGAAGUUUAAGGAAAAUGGUCACGGUUACACAGCACAUGUGAACCGACGGAGGCACGGAAGCAGGCUGGGCGGCAGCGGCUUCCCUCCCGAUCAGAGCGAAUCGGCGUUUCUGAUUUUGUGAGUUUUCCCAAGGCCAGUGACACCUCCAGCCUUUGUCAAGCAGUCGCUGCAGGAAGAAUUUUCUCACACCUCUCCCGCCAGCUCCUCAUGGGGAAGCCGGAGGUGCUGCUCUGCGCCACAGAUAGCCCGAGUCUUUCCCGAAACGUAGAAUCCCAACGGUGGGUGGCAGAGAGAUGCACGCAGCAGUGACCUAAUGGGAAACGACACACCAGUGCCAUUUUGAAGCGAGGCAGAAAAAGGCGACACUCUACAUGAUCCAGCGCCCUCGCUUCCCUACAGAUCGAUUUCAGAUUCAGUCCCGUAUAGCCCCCAAAGGAGGAAGGGGUCCCAGCCGUUGACAGCCUGGGGCAGCUCGCGUUCCGGUACGCGCGGGUCCGGGGAAGCGCGCCGGUGCGCGCGCGCCGCAGUUCUUGGCUCCUCCCGCCUGCAGGUGGCGCUGUGGGAGCCAAGUCCGAGCCGUGCUCCCAGAAUGCCCUGCGUGUCUCCAUGGCGACGGCCGCCGCGGGGAGAGAUGGCAGGUUCUGGUCUUGCUGUGGAAGGACCUCGCCCGCGGAGGCUCCCUGGCCUCCGCCGUCUCUGUGGACUCUCCCCGCCGGACAGGAGUCGGUGGUGGUCUCGGGAGGAGACGCCGGGGCGAGCUGCCAGACCUGGAGGGUACUGGGAUGGAAGGAGGCCCAGGUCCGCGCUGGAGCUGCCUGAGCCGACUGUCAGAUCUGCAGCCCUGGCCCGCGCCCUGCGGGCUGCAGAGUGGGCCGCGAGGGGGACGGCAGCGUCCCCAGCCCCGGAGCCUUAAAGUCCUUGCCGCGGAGACCUUGGCUGGGCCAGGCAGAAGCCAGGAGCCUGGAACUCCAUCCCGGGGGUGGCAGGGGCCCAGUGCUUGGGCCAUCGUCCGCUGCUUUCCCAGGUGCAUUACCGGCGUCACCAGCAGUUGUUUAACCUGCUUUGCCACAACCCCAGCCCCACAAUUUCAAGCCUUUUAUGCUUGUGAAAAAGAGAGAGAUUCAGAAUAGAAUCCUUGAAGGCCAUAAUCCGACUCCCUCAUUGUACAGAUAAGUGACUCACAGAGAAGUUGAAGGGAUUUGCUGCAGGUCAUGUUGCUAAUAAUUGAGAGGAAAGCCUGCCUUCUUGGGUUGCAGUUCUACACUCUCCUUUAUCGGGACUUCUCGCCUUUAAUAAGUAGUAAUGGUCAGUAUUUAGUGUUACUUCUCCAGGGGUUGUGCCUGCCUAACCAAGGUGCUCUCCCACAUUUUUUAAAUUAUUAGGAACCUAAAGGGCAUUUUCUUUAUUCUCCUUUAUCACCUGUAGGAAAAGUGAUGUGGUUUUCUGGUAUGAAACAUUUUGAGCCAGGUAAUCAGUGGCCUAUCAUCUCUUUCUGACAGUUGUAAUGUGUUCUUGGAGCAAAUUGUCCAUUUCCUGUUUAAAUUUCGUUUUAGUGGAGUGAAACUACCAACUUCAGGAGUCUCUGCAGAUUAUACUUGCAGUAUUUCUUGAUUAUAAACGCAUGGGUGUUUUUACACUCUCUCAGAGAAAAUGUUGAAGAUAGUUCUGUAUGUAUUUUAUCACAAAAUACUAUAAAUUUACAUAUCUGUGUUCUAGAGUAGGUACUUACACAACUAUAUCCUGUGGUAAGUGUACAAGUGUAUGUUUAAUUGAAUAAUUUAAUCACCUUAUUUCAGGUAUGUUUCUCCAGUUGCAAAUGAGUGUCUGGGGGCUUCUUGGGACACCACAUCCCAUGUUGGAGUGCCUCGGCACAAGCACCAGUUCCACUUCAAUCCCAGCUUCUACUAAUGCAUACCCUGGGAAACUCCUGGCUUUAGCCUGGCCCAGCCCUGGCUGUUGUGGGCAUUUGGCGAGUGAGCUGGAAAAUGGAAGAUCUUGUGUGUGUGUGUGUGUGUGUGUGUGUGUAUGCCUUCAAAAAAAAUUCAUAAAUAGUGCAUGUCUGUAGCUGUUCCCAUGAUUGACUUAUUGAGCCCCUUCCCUCCCUUCCACUAUUCCUUUAUGAAAAGGUAUGUGUGUUCAGUAUUCCACCUCUGUCAGUAUUCCGCCUCAGUCUGCUUUGUUUGAAGUGUUUGUUAAUAUUUGAAAAGAGGUCCAGCAAAAUCGUCUUAAGCCUCUUACUGGAAUUAUGACACCAAAGCCUACUUAAGCCCAUCUUAACAUAUUGAACAUCCUGCCUUCUCAAAUCCAUUAGUAGCUCCUUAUCUGAUGUGAAUAAAGAUAAAAGAGCUUUUAAACA